UCCUUCUAUGUUCUAUUUUUACCGCUUAUUCUGGGAAAUUAAAAAAUGCUCAUCAACAUUAUAUGAUACGCUCUGCACUGAUAGAAUAUUAUUUAGCUUAUUCUUUGCUUCUUCAACUCCGUUAUAUGAAGCUUUUCUGUACCAAUUAAUUGCUUCGUCAUUAUUUUUAUUAAUUCCAAUACCGUAAUAAUAGCAAUCUCCUAUAUAAUGUUGUGCUGUCGC